AUGUUCCAUCAACCGCCAGACAAGCCUCGCGCUUCUGGCUUCGAUGAUGAUCCGUUUGGGUUUGUUGCCAACCAGGCCUGGGAACGGUAUGGCUUCAGCAAUAUGUCAUCGCCUCCGCCCCCGGGCCCUCAGCCUAUGCAGAGAACCGGACGAGCCUAUUCCACAGCAUCUGUAAUGGACUGGACGCCCGAGAUUGACACACCCUUUCACCACCACAACGGCGAUGGAGUUGCCAUGUCGCCAUCAGAGAGUGUCGAAAUGAGCGGUAUGAAUCCGGCUCAAGGAGGAGGAGGGGGAGGAGUCAGUCGCUUGGUCGCGCAAUUCGAGAACAAAGGAUAUGUCCCUCCACUGCCUCCGAGGCCCAUCAAUAACGCGCAUCACCAAACGCAUCACCUUGGUACCAGUCCCUCAAUAUCGUCACACUUUGGAAGCCUAAAUUCCGUAGCCCAAUCGCAUAGGAUCUCGAGUCCCGUUAAUAGCUCAGGUGAAUCUCAGUAUGGCUCUCUCGGAAUUCACUCGCCGCCAACUCCCAGCCCGAUUGCCACCAGUAUGGGUCGCUCCGGCAGUGUGCACUUUGGUAGUUUUCAUGACACCCAGCAAGUGCACAGUCCUGGUAUUGGGACGCCGUUUGGAAGCAUGGAUGGGUUCAUGAACACUACCCGUGUGAAUAGUCCAAUGGUAUCGACGCCUAUGGUGGCCAGCCCGAUAGCAUCUACACCAACUCAAGCCACACCCACAGUCCCUGGCACUCCUGGAUUCGAAAUAUGGCGUCCUCCCCCUUCGAUGGGGUCCAAACCAGAGCCCUCUGGUCUCACCAACGCGACCAACUUUGCAGGAUAUUUUAGACCACCGGUACCAACGACGCCAAAGCCGGUUGUGAACACAGGCAAUCAGUUCAUUUUGGAAUUCAACCCCAGCGCUGCCAAGGCAGCCAAAGGGAAGGCUCCAGCAAAACCACCAAGGCCGCGAUUGCCUCCACGGAAACCUACUGCCGUCACACAAACACAAGCUUCGGCGCGAGAACUGACACCUGCGCAAGCGCCAACACCGAGACCGGUACCAGCCGCUGCUCCGACUCCAGGGCCAAUGUCUCCUCCCCCAAAACCGCCUCGACCCUCAGAACCGCCUUUUCCUUCCUCUUCCUCUUCUUCUUCCACCCCCUCUAUUGCACAACGGAAGGAUUCGAUUUCUCUUCGUGCCCAGGCAGGUACUAGGCCGUCACGGGAACAGGUUCCUGCAGAGGCCUGGGAGCAAUAUAAGUCCACCAUCCGAACUCUGUAUCUUGAGGAAAGAAAACCGUUGAAAGAGGUCAUGAGCAUCAUGUCUGAACAAUAUGGUUUUCAAGCUACACCAAAGAUGUACAAGACUAGGUUUUCUCAAUGGGGUUUUGUGAAGAAUAACACAGAAGAAGAAGUCAAGCGGUUGUUGUCGAUGAAAUUUCAGCGAGAUGCCGAGGGCAAGGUUUCCGAAUUUGUCCGAAAUGGCAGGGUGGUUAACUUGGGUACUUAUUUGAAGCGAAAGGGCGUGACGGAGUAUGAUUUGGUGGAUUUCGAGCUGCCCGCCGAUCUGCCAGCCCAUAUUCGAUGUAGAACACCAACGCCGCCUCCAGCACUGCGAUCCCCUGACCUCCUUCGCGCCCAAGAGCUUGUCGUUGGAAACAUGCGAAAGGCAUUUUUGCACUGCCGGCAAUUUGAGAUGGAGACUGAUACCCAGAUUAGUUGGCCAUCAAUCAUGGUUUGGGGGGCUGGAUCAAGCGACCUCUUGCUUGAGGCCAACUUUCAUUUCGAAGCCCGCGAUGCAGAUCAAGGAGGCGACUAUAUGAUGCGAGCCUUCAAACAGCUCGAGGUGGAUUUGAUGAAGCUUUCACCCCAAGGCAUCAUGGAGCUAAUCUUGGGUAUGAUUAACGGUGAUCCCGGCAUGAUGACGGCCCUCUGCAAAUAUUUGGCAGCGUAUUCGUCGACAAACUUUGAACGCACACAUCCACUUCGACAGAUCUUCACUUGUUUAUAUGAAGUGCAACAGAAGCAUGGCGCCAAGACCCUCUCCGAACUCUUGUGGAUUAGCAUCUCCACAAUUGCCGAAGAACUCGAAGCGAUCUACGGACGCCGCCAUCCGUAUGUGGCCCGAACAUGGUCCGAUCUUGCGCUGUUUUAUAACCAGGUGAAUCCGGAGAGAAUUGAAAAGCUGGUCAUCGAACUUCGAGCGCUUCAAAGACAACUCGAGCAGCGGCAUGGUGAAACCAGUGUCGAAGUGCUGGCUAUCCGAUACUCCAUAUUGCAGUUGCUGUAUGCUGCAUCUCCGAGUUCCGAUGUCGCGAAACAAGCCGCAAACGACUAUUGGAACCUAUUGCGGAGUAUGAACACAAUGUUCCCGAUGCGAGAUCCGCGUCCGAAUAGCUACUGCUACCACAGUCCGCUCAAGGUCGAUCCGUGGACAAAAAGAUGCCGGAGACGAUACGAUCCACUCGUAACCAUUAUGGAAGAGCUUGUUGGAGUGAAAAUCCAUCCUUAUUUUGAAGAAGACUUUCACACAACGGAGCAUGCUCAAGAGCCUCAGAAUGCGUGGGCGGCGGCUCUCCAGAUGGGCACAACAAACAGGUCCUGGGGCUUCAUUUAGCGAAAUGUCCCAAAUGGCACAAAUAGCAGGUAUCAUAAUACCUCUGUCACUCGUUUACUUAUGACGACUAUCUUGUUCGGGAAGAAAGAAAAAAGCCUAUGAUGCGCGUUUUGGCGAGCAUGGAUUGUUGAGAUUGGUUGUCGAAUGUCUCAGCAAAUGAUUGAUACCCAGCAUCAAGAGGGUUAUGGCGCGCAUAGCGACUCAUUUCCAUCUCAUGUCGAGCCUGGAGUUUUGGACGGCUGAUAUUUUCACCCUCGUGAAAUUUCCUUUCUCAUCUUGGUUGACGCUGACAAGCCCUUUUCUUUGAAUUGUUUGAUGCAGCUGCUGCACCUCGAGCCGGCGUUUUAUUUUUGGAGGCCUUGACCUUGGAUGCAUGUCCAUCCGUGUAUAAUAGUGUGUGGUUCUUUAGUUUUGCUUUUUUUUUUUUUUUUGGUCUUGUGCAGUGCUUUGCUUUUUUUUUGUGUUGUGUGUGUUUCUGAGACCACAAAGGGAGGCGAACAUGAGGUUUGGAGCUGUGGUGGCGCAGAAACGAAGCCAGGCUGGGCUUUGCAAAAGAAAAAAAAGAAGGGCGAAGGAGGAGUUGAUGGGAUUUGGGCAGAAAAAUACCUUAUCGAGCAUUUCCUGCAUUAUCUGGGAAGGCGACGGCAGGCUGGAGUUUGGAUGGCAGGAACGGACGAGGAGGCAAUUGUCAUGCAGAUGGUAGAACCAGGCCGUCCUUCUGGGAAGGAGCGGCAGCCCACUGAUUUUCAUUGCACCUUCUUUUCUAUCAACUUGCCUGUUAGUAUUAAAACUUUUCGUAAUGAAUAAAGACAUGAUGACAUCGUAC